AUGAAGUAUAACAGAAAAAAACUCUCGUUCAACCCUACUACCGUAAGCAUCGCUGGAACGUUGCUUACUGUGUUUUUCCUCACAAAACUCGUGCUCUCGUUCUUCUCUAUAUCUCUAUUUCAGCUGCUAACUUUCCAAGGCAUCUUCAAGCCUUAUGUUCCAGAUUUCAAGAACACUCCCGACGUAGAGUUUUACGACCUACGAAAUUACCAAGGCAACCAGGACGGCUGGCAACAAGGUGAUCGCAUCUUGUUUUGUGUGCCGUUGAGAGAUGCUUCCGAGCAUCUCCCUAUGUUUUUCAACCAUCUGAAUACUAUGACGUACCCGCACAACCUCAUUGAUCUGUCCUUUUUGGUGAGUGAUUCUUCCGACAACACCAUGGGCGUACUAUUAUCUAACCUGCAUAAGGCACAAUCUCAGCAGGACAAGUCCAAGAGGUUUGGUAACAUUGAAAUCUAUGAGAAGGACUUUGGUCAAAUUAUUGGCCAGUCCUUCUCUGAUCGUCAUGGGUUUGGCGCACAGGGCCCUAGAAGGAAGCUGAUGGCCCGGGCCCGUAACUGGCUUGGAUCUGUGGCUUUGAAGCCAUACCAUUCCUGGGUUUACUGGAGAGACGUGGAUGUCGAAACCAUCCCUACCACCAUCAUGGAAGACCUAAUGCAUCACGAUAAGGACGUCAUUGUCCCCAAUGUGUGGAGACCUUUGCCGGAUUGGCUCGGGAACAUUCAACCGUACGAUCUAAAUUCAUGGAAGGAGUCCGAAGGAGGUCUCCAACUGGCAGAUGCUCUCGAAGAAGACGCUGUCAUUGUGGAAGGAUACCCAGAAUACGCCACUUGGAGACCUCACUUGGCAUACAUGAGAGACCCAAACGGUAAUCCAGAAGAUGAAAUGGAACUGGACGGUAUCGGGGGUGUUUCAAUUCUUGCAAAGGCUAAAGUAUUCAGGACGGGCUCACACUUCCCUGCUUUCUCCUUUGAGAAGCAUGCAGAAACAGAGGCUUUUGGCAGACUGUCCCGCAGAAUGAACUACAACGUCAUCGGUCUGCCCCAUUAUGUCAUCUGGCACAUCUACGAGCCUUCCAGUGAUGACUUAAAACACAUGGCUUGGAUGGCUGAAGAAGAGAAGCGAAAGCUAGAAGAAGAGAGGAUUCGCGAAUUCUACGAUAAGAUUUGGGACAUCGGAUUUGAAGAUGUCAGAGACCAAUGGAACGAAGAAAGGGAUUCAAUAUUGAAAAACAUCGACUCUACUUUAAACAGCAAAGUUACCGUGGACUGGUCUGAAGAAAACGACGGCUCCGAGCUGGUAGACUCAAAGGGUCAAUUUAUCUCUCCAAACAAUCAACCUCCACCACCACAACAACAACAACAACAGCAACAGCAAGACAACAACCCGCAGGGAAAAGCUCUUGAUGAGAACGACAAGAACAAGAAAAAAUCUCCCAAAGAAGUCCCAUUGGACUUUGACCCUGAUAGAAACUAG